AUGAAUAUAAUAAUCUGGAAUAGUAAGGGCACUCUGAAGCCCAACUUUCAGAGUCACAUUCAGGACCUUACCCGGAUUCAUGAUCUGGCCAUUUUUGUAGUCAUAGAGACCAAGCUUGGAGGCAGGAGAGCUAAGGAGGUUUCAGAUUUACUCCUUUUUUAUGGUGCUAUCCACAUCGACACAGUUGGGUACGCAGGUGGGCUUUGGCUUCUUUGGAACUCAGAUAAAGUUGAGGCUGAGACACUGGCAAAAACUAAGCAGGAGGUCCAUGUGGAGGUUAAGGUACGCUCCUCUGACUUUGCUUGGAUAUUCUCUGCUAUAUAUGCUAGUCCUAGAAGUGCAGAACGUUGUGUGUUGUGGGAAAACCUCUCAAAAGCGGCUGAGCUGCAUAAUAAACCAUGGAUAAUGGCUGGGGACUUCAAUGAGCCAUUAAUUGGUGAGGAUAAGUUUGGUGGAAGGGGUGUCAGUAUUGGCCGAUCCCUAUUGUUCAAAGAUUGUCUAGACAAGUGCAGUAUGGUAGACAUGGGUUUUUCUAGGCCAAGGUAUACAUGGUCCAAUAAAAGAGACUUGAAUAAUCUCAUUCUUGAAAGAAUUGACAAAUUCUUUGGGAAUCCGAACUGGUGCUUGCUCUAUCCAAAUGCUAAGGUCACCCAUCUCCCUCGGUGCCACUCGGAUCAUUGCCCGGUCCUCUUGGAGUCCAAUCCCAACAGAUCGUUACACCUCAACAGACCUUUCCGGUUUCAGAGUUUUUGGCUUACUGAUUUAUCUUUCCCCGUUAUGGUUAGUCAUGCCUGGAAUGGCUCUAGGAAGCUUGCUAACUCGAUAGACCGAUUUACAAAGGAAGCCAUUGUAUGGAAUAAAUCUCAUUUCGGUAAUAUUCAUGCAAAAAAAAGGAGGUGCAUAGCCAGGCUUUAUGGCAUCCAACGUGCCUUGGCAAAUCAGCCUAGCGAUAAUCUCAUUUACCUGGAGAACCAGAUUCACAAUGAGCUCGAAAUGGUCCUGGAUCAAGAAAGAGAUUUGUGGGCUUUGAAGUCGAGGAUAAACUAG